AUGCCAUCCCGCGCAUGCUAUGGAAAUGCGAUUUCCACAGUGCGAUUUUCACAACAAAGCAGCCGCGGCACAGAUACCACCCCACAUCCGCGCACCUGUCAGGACAUUCAUAGCGCCAGGACAACACCACCUGUCGAGACGUUCUUCAUGGCGCAAACACAACAACACCACCCUGUCGACACAUCCGUCCGCCCUUUGCUGCCGCAGACACCAACACCAACACCAAGACUAGCUGUCGUGUGUCGUCGUGCUUCUUUCUUCUCCUCCUCCUCCUUCUUCUGCUUGCACUGCUUGCACUGCUUCUUUUCCACCUCUCCCUCCGGCCGGCACGUGCCGCUCUUUGUCCUUCUCUCUUUCUUUUCGGCCUCGCUCUCUAUCGCCGCCGUCCUCGUAAAUGUCCGGGCCCAGCCACCGCCGAGGCCCAUUGUACCGCCGCAUGCGCUUUUUCCCUACCUGCAUUGCAUUGCAGGAACGCACCUCGUUCCUGUGACCGAAGCUUCGGGUGCUGGUUUCCGGCAGAACACACUGUGA